CUUCUCGUUCCGAUCAUCAUCAUCUUCUACAUUACUAUAGAAAUUAUCGAUCUUUACUAUCCACAGAGCGCAUCUCCUGUAGCUCAACAUGGAUUCUCUCGAUCUUCCAACCCAUCAAUUAAUUCUCGAUGAUUUGGCAAUCAAUUUGGCAGAAAGUGCAAAGAAGGGUCAAUUGACUUCAGGCGAUACAGCCAACAUUUUUGCCUAUAAUUCUUCAUCAUCUUCAUCAAGAUUCUUGCAAAGUAGCGGAAAUGUAUUGACAACAUCAGCUGCCGAAACGCAAAUCGCAUUAUCAUCUUUUGCUGCUUCAAUCUCUUCUUCAACAGUAAAAGAUGGUGAAGAUGAUCACUUGUCUUCACUCUUGCCUCAAAUCUUUACAACGCUCAAUGAUUUAUUAAUCUCUUCUUUUGAAGAACGUAUGGAUUUCAAGGAGUGGCCAGUAGCUGAUCAAUUGUCUUUUGCUCUCACUUCCAAUGUCUUACGGAUCGCAAAGAAUGCUCUACAACAUCGUACCCAAUGCAUCGAUGCAGUCGUUUCAUUAAGUGAAAAGUUGACAUCUCGCUUAACUGCUGCCACUGGUGACGCACAUGCAAUCGCAACUCGCAUCGUACCCAUAUUCCAUGGUCUUUACCGUGCAUUGUCAUCCGUUUCAUUCCCUUGGGUUUUGGACGAAUUUGCACGAUUGACAAACGCUUUGGCUCCAUUGACGUCUUCCAUUCAUGUUGUUCGACGUUUGAAUGAUGCUUUGUUACAAUUGCCUGAACAAGAUUUGGCUAUCAAUCAAGCUGCUCGUGCUACACGCCGUAAGCCUAAGCAAGCAAUCGUUCGACCCAACGAUGACGAUGAUGGUCGUUCGCACGGCAGUGUGGACACCUUUUGGUCCGGCGAUGAAGACAAUGAAGAAGAAGACGGUGCUCUUGGUAAUCAAGGCACAUUCACCCUCAGUCCUGAAGAUGAUGAUGAUUCAAGUCAUUACCGUUUGGCUCUCUUGUCUCAUUAUCGCCGUACCAGUCGUCCAUUAUCAGGUCACUUUGUUCUUUGUGCAGCAACAGAGAUCCUUGGCUCAUCCUUGGCACAAGGAUUGGCAACACUGGCAAUUCCACCAACUGAUGCUCAUUUGGGUCCACAAAAAGUUGGCUUGGAGCAAUUCUUGACAGAUUCCGAAAUUGCUACUCAAGCUGAAAAGUUUGAUUUGGAUCAAGUUCAAAGUAUCUCUGCCGAAUCAGCAAUUUCACGUAAAGCUUGGAAGUUGCUCUUGCGUCAUGCCGUUCGUACUGGUUCAGGAAACUUGGCUGAUGGAGCAACAGGUGGUGGUAAUUUGUUGUCAUCUUUGCCGCUCGUUGGCGGCUUAGUUGCUUCUCCCACUGCAUCUUCUGGUGUUUCUGCUGCGAUUCGUUUGGCAAGUCGUGUCUUCCAUGACGUCCAACGAUUUGUAGAAACAGAGCACCUCAAGCAUGGUGAAUUGCUUAUCGAGCUUUACUCUUUGGAAUCAUUGAGUGAAUCGUUGAAGCUCGGUGCUUUGGCUUCGGUUGCACAAAGUAUUUUGAGUAAUUCGGCCGUUGAGAGUCAUACUCUUAUUCGUAUUCGUUCUUUACUUUCUGAAUCCGCAUUCGUUUUCGAUCCUUUGGUGCAAAUGGCUGCAUUGCAAAGUACAAGUCUUCUGGUUCGCAAUUAUCCAAGCCUUUCAAUGCCAAUGACUACGCAACUUCGUAGAUUCGUCGUUAUGCCGAUGGCCAUGUUUGAAUUAACGCAAGGUGAACAUUCUGCUCCUUCUCCUGUUUUGGCAGCGGCUGCAAAAUGUUUGGCAACUUGCGUUACAGUCGUGCCAGGAAAUGACUUGGCAGUUUCAACGAUGUACACUUUGUUGAAUUCUUUGGGUCGUGAAAGUGGUGGUACAUCUGUUGGAGGUGUGGCAGGAGGUGCAAUGUCCGUUCGUAGUGGCAUCUCACGUGCUGUUACCGGUCGUGAUUAUUCGAUGAGCCGUUCUGGCACACAAACGCUUGCUCAUGGUGGUGCUUUAGGGGGUAAGACAGACGAGCAACGUAGAUUGAUUCAAGUCAAUACGAUUGCUAUUGUUUCUCGCUUGGCUCUCGAAGUUGGUACGAGAGAUGUGUUGGCUUUGGCAAUUUCUUUACUUCUUCAACGUAUGCGUUCUUCCGACGAAGCAAGUGAAGCUGCCAUUUUGAACAACAUCGUUCCUUUGGCUCUCGCAGGUCCUAAGCAAUCUUACAUGGACGUCAUUCGUGCUUUCAGUCAAUUCUCUCGUCAAGCUUUGACCGGUGGUGCUAAUCGUCGUGCGGGCAGCAUCAUUCAAAGUCCUCAAUUACGUUUGGCUCGUGGAUUGGGUCGCUUGAAAGAAGGCGAAGACGAAAAAGCUACUGCUGCUGCUGCUGCAAAUGGUUCUGCUGUUCCAGGUUCUACACUCAAUGCUCAACCCAACGGCAAUGCUGAUGGUGAAGCACAAAAGCAAGCAGGCAGAAAGGAAUUGUACAUGAUUGAGCUCUUACAAUUGUUCGUCGAAAAAGGAAGCCAAUUGCAAACUUCUGCUGCUUCAGGUAAAUUGGCUGGCAGUGAAGAGAAGGAGCUGAAGUCUGAUUUGCAAGGCUUGUUAUCUGUCAUUGCUGCCCUCUUGGUACAUCCUGAUAUCAAUCCUCAAUUGGAUCCACGCAUCGAAACUGUUUCUUUGUUCCGUAAUAUGUGGUUACUCAGUACGAUUGUGGGCAUCACCGAUAACCAAAAGCGCCGAUCACGUUCUGCAUUCAAUUCAUCUUCUUCGCAUGAAUCACCAUUGACGUCCGCUUUGGGUAUCAUUUCUCUCAAGACGCCUACAUUGGUACCCGAAAGUGCACAAAAUUAUGUAGAGAGUGAAUUGAAGUACAAUUCCGUUCUCAAACGUGAUUACUCUGCUUCUGCUCUUGAUGCUCAACGUAAGGAAUUAUCUGCAUUGAUUCCUGCACAUAGCGCUGAGAUUCGCUCUUUCGGCUUCGCUCAAGUCACUUUCCUCAAUACUAUUUAUCACUUGGAAUGCACUCGUAGCAGUAUGGGUAUCCCCUCCAUGGUUCUUUGGUACUUUGUCAAUGAAGGUUUGAACAACAGCAGCCUUGUUGGAUCUAUGCAAACGAUUGCUGACAAGGUGAUGGAAUCUUACAUGAAUGAUCUAUCUUACCAAGUUCAAGAACAUUCUCUCGAUCCACGUGUUUCGGACGAAGUGAAGAAUUUCCUUUUGGGAAGCUGUCAUCGUGUAGAAAAGGUACGAUCAAUUUCUCAACGUUCAUUGGAUCGUUUGAUCGGUGCUUAUCCUGCUUUGUUAUGCGAUGAAGAAGUGGUGGUGACAAUCUUGGAAAUGCUCACUUUAUUGCGUCAAAGUUGCGAAGGUCAAUACCGUGAUGAGUAUUUCCCCGUCUACCACUAUACUUCAGAUCGUGCUGGAAUCGCCUUCGAUCUUUCUGACUCGUACACUGAAAGAGAAGAAAUCUUAUCCACCUUCUUGGGUCGUUCUCGUCGUUAUUUACAACUUUUGCUCGCACGUGCUCCUGUCGAAUUCCAAGGUAUUUUACAACGUUAUUUGGGCACAUUCGAUGAUGAGACAUUACCGCUCUCGACCGAAUUGGGUAAAUCGAUUGCGAUUGACUUUGCAAGAGCUUUGCCGACGGUUUCAUCUGGUGUUCCUGAUGCUUUCUUGCCAAACCUUGGCGGCUGGCGUGCGGAUAGCUCAAGUGCAUUCGUCAAUGAAUUGACCGCCAAAUCUACCUACUUUGGUGAGAUGACCGGUAUUCAUUUAGCAUUAACAAAAGGAUUGGUGGAAUUGCAACGUGAUCCUGAAAGCAACUUUUCCACAAAGAAUGUUCGUGAUUGUGAAUUGCAAUUGGCACAAGUGUCGAAAUCGUUACGUCAACGUAAGAAAUUGCCAUUUGCUGAUCUGCGCAGAUUGUUGUACCGUUCUGCCGCUUUAGCUGUUGCUUUGCCACAGUCCAAUUUCGAUCUCUUGCACUUCAUUGUUUCGAUUCCGCUACUCAGCUUUACACCUUCGGCAAUUUCUACUGCAAGUCAUGUUUGGACUUGGAUUAUUGGUGAACGUCCUUCUCUCGAAACGAAGAUUAUGGUUGAAAUUACGAUCGGAUGGGGAUUGACGAUCAAAGAACGUCGUGGCUUGUUCUCUAGAAAGAUGGAUUACAGACAUGCUUUAUUGGAAAAGACAGAAAUGACACCUUCCGAUCGUGUUGCAACAACCAAAGAACGCGAAGAAGCAAGUCGUCAAUUUACUCCUCAUCUUACAUUGAUUCAAUUGUUAUCCAGUCGAUUCGAAGCAUUCCGUUACCGUGAUCCAUCGAUGGUGUUGGCUUUGGUUCGUUUGGUUCAAAGGACAGGAUCUGCAACCGAUCAGAUGAGCAGACAUCCACUUUCGCGCGAAGUCCGAUUCUCCAUCGUCUUGUUCGGUUUACGAUUAUUGCAAGGCAGUCGUCUUGAUGGUUUAUUGGAAUAUCAAUUACGUACUUCCCUUUACGACAUGGCUUUGGAUUGGUUUGCUAUCCCACCUCAAUGGUCAUUCGGCUCUAACAGGUUGCAAUUGGGUUCAGAAAUGCAAAUCUUACAACAAUUAUUGGAUGUUCUUGCUAAUGAUGAAGAACGUGCAGCAUUUGUCAUUACAUCUUUCCCUCCUUCAAUCGAGGGAGUUCGCAUGCCUGGUCAAAAGAGUAUUGGUGCGAUCAAGGCCGAGAUUCAACAACGCAAGAGUUUGCUUCAAGUCUUACUGGAAAACGAAUUGACCCAUCUCAGCGUUUGGAACAAUCCACUGAGUGAAGGUUCGCGUGGUGUAGACUUUGUCGGUCCAAUUUCUCGCAGUCUCACGGAUGCCAGAUUGAGCUAUCUGGUCGACUUGGCGUUCAAGAUUAACCCACAUAUCGCUGUACAAAUGGUCAAACGAAUCAAGAAUGAUGCUAUCAGACGUGAGGUUGGUAUCCUUGUACGCAAUCAACCAUCUCGUGCAGCCGAAUGUCCAGAAGCUUUGGAAUUCUUGGUGGAAGAUCAUUUGAGCCUUGCACGUAAACAAGGAACAGACCUUAAAUGGCUGUUGUACUGGGAGGCAGUCACGCCUGUGGAAGGUAUCUUACUCUUCUUACCCGAAUAUGGAAACGAUCCUUAUUUGUUGCAAUAUGCUAUGCGUGCAUUGGAACAUCACCCUGUCGAUUUGACUUUCUUCUACGUUCCUCAAUUGGUUCAAGCAUUGCGUGAUGAUGAAUAUGGUUAUGUCGCUCAAUUCAUCUUUGAAACAAGUAAGAUUUCUCAAUUGUUCUGUCAUCAAAUCAUCUGGAACAUGAAAGCAAACAGUUACAAGGAUGACGAUGCAGAAGUACCUGAUCCAAUGAAGCCAACAUUGGACCGUAUGACCGAAUUGAUCGUCGGUGCUUUAUCAGGAGAAGCGCAAGACUUCUAUGAUCGCGAAUUUGGUUUCUUCAACGAAGUGACAAGUAUCUCUGGUAAAUUGAAGCCAUACAUCAAAAAGUCCAAGCCGGAAAAGAAGGCAAAGAUUGAUGAAGAGAUGGGCAAGAUUAAGGUGGAUCCUGGUGUUUACUUGCCAAGUAACCCUGACGGUGUAGUUGUCGAUCUGGCACGCAAGUCCGGUAGACCUUUGCAGUCUCACGCAAAGGCUCCGUUCAUGGCCACAUUCAAGGUUCGUCGUGAAGUUCCAAAGCAUCAUGUUGAGAACAUGAAAUCAGGAGAAAUCGCCAAACAAGAUGCGGCUACUUCGGGUAAAGAUACAUCUGGAGCUGAUACAGCGAUCGAUACUCAGCCUGAAGAAAAGGUAUCAGUUGAAGUUUGGCAAUCUGCAAUUUUCAAAGUUGGUGAUGAUUGUCGUCAAGAUGUUUUGGCUUUACAAGCGAUUGCGAUGUUUAAGAAUAUUUGGCAAAGUGUUGGAUUGGAUUUAUACUUGUAUCCUUAUCGUGUUACCGCAACUGGACCGGGUUGUGGUGUGAUUGAUGUUGUGCCAAAUGCAACGAGUCGUGAUGAAAUGGGUCGUGCACAAAUUAAUGAUUUGAAUGCUUUCUUCUUGCAACGAUUUGGAAAUGCAAACAGUAUUUCUUAUCAACAAGCACGCUUAAACUUCGUUCGCAGUAUGGCGGGUUAUUCGUUAGCAUGUCAUUUGCUGCAAAUCCGUGAUCGUCAUAAUGGUAAUAUUAUGAUUGAUGGUGAAGGGCAUUUGGUUCAUAUCGAUUUCGGUUUCUUGUUCGAGAUUGGACCUGGUGGAAUGCGUUUCGAACCAUUCUCAUUCAAGAUGUCACAAGAAUUUUUGAAUGUGAUGGGACCAACAGGCUACACCUUGUUCAAACAAUUGGUCGUUUCAGGUUUCUUGGCUUUAAGACCUUAUACGGAACAAUUGAUCGGUUUAUGCAGAAUGAUGUAUGGAACCGAUUUACCUUCUUUCAAGGGUUUGCCAACCUUUGAUCAUUUACGUGAUCGAUUCAAGCCCAAUUUGAGCGAUCGUGAAGCUGCUCAACAUGCAAUCACUUUGAUUGAUGACGCUCAUUUGAACCGCAGAGCUGUGUUUUAUGAUCAAAUUCAAAAGCUUCAAAAUGGUAUUCCAUACCAGAAGUGAUCGUGUUGAACGGAUUGAAUGCUUUUCUUUGCUAUACUUUCAUAUUUUAUCAAUUGAUCUUUUUCAGUA